CUCUCAAUCACAGAUGCUUUGGGCUACCUUGAUGCCGUCAAACUUGUACAGUUCCAUGACCAGCCAGAUGUUUACAAUCACUUCCUUGACAUUAUGAAGAACUUUAAGAGUGGACUUAUCAAUACACCAGGCAUUGUAAAACUCGUCUCGCACCUUUUUAAUGGUCACCCUUUCCUUAUCCAGGGUUUCAACACUUUCCUCCCUGUUGGUUACCACAUCGAGUGCUCCUCUGACCCUCAACAGUCCUCUUUUAUCACUGUCACCACACCUACAGGAACAAUGCUCCAGUCCAUCUGUGACGAUUCUUGGCCUUCUGCUCCUCCAGCCCCUCCAGCUACCGUAUUGGCUGAACCUGACGCAAACAUGUAUAGCAGUCUCGACAGCUCUGCUAUAGAACCAGCCGUUCAGUAUGUCCAAAAGAUAAAGCAACACUGCGACGAGGCCAUGUAUUGCCAAUUUCUAGAAAAUCUCAACAAGUCUAAGCACCAUAACACUACUGACGCCGUCAAUGAAUGCAAAGUGUCAGCUGAAAUUGCCCGUCUUUUCAAAGACGAUCCCAAAUUGCAUGCUGACUUUAGGAUUUUUAUGCCUGAGAAGAGCCAGGCUCUGUUUGACGAA